AUGGGACGGGAUCUUUGGGAGGCACUCAGCGAUGUACUACAGUUGAUGACAAAUCAGGCAUGCCCUGACGCACUCCACCAAGGAGAUGCCGUCGCCCAACUCAGGCAGGUGGCCACAUUUCUGCGCACCAGGCAACAACAGCAAGACCACAACCAGUACGUUCUCUACAACCAUGAUGCCACCAGGUUCUUAUCCAGCUACCAGCUCAUGUGCGAAUGGUACUGCCACGCCAAUCCCACUCACGCAGAUGUUUUCCAGGUUGAUCAUACACAAUCCGAGCCCAGUCAGCGCGUGCAGCGAGGCCUUUUGCUUCGCGAAAGCAGACGCAACCAGAGCCAGCACAGCAAACGCAACACAUUGCGAUUCAGCGACAUUCCUCGACUCAUCGAGGUAGUGCUGCAAUUGAACUACUUUACAGUAGGUCACACGCUGUUUUUUCAGUGUAGAGGUGCCCCCAUGGGCUCACCUUGCAGCCCUGCACUUUGCAACAUGGUUGUGGCAGUUGUGGAGCAAUGCUGGGUCAAGUCGCUCCGCAGUAUGUUUGUGAACCACAAACAUCUUCAUCAGCCAACAAGCGAGCAGCAGGCAAUCUUUUUUGCCACCAGAUAUGUAGACAACAGGGUGCUGCUCAUUCCACAGCAGUACAUUUCGCUCCCACCAUUCAGGGAGUUGGUUGACCCAGAUUUCUACCAGCCCCCUGUCAAACUUGACACGGAGCCAGCCAACAUCUUUUUAGGUUUUGCCAUACACACCAGCACAGCCACCUUGUCGUACGACGACAAGCUGCAGAAGGCAGACAUCAUGCAUCCGCAGUCUGCAACAACGAGCUCCGUGCUUCGGAGCAGCAUACAAGCACGCAUCCUGCGAGCAAGACGGGUUUGUGUACCUUCCACGAUGGCCGAUGCCGCCGCUUCAGUCGAUCCACUGAAAAUGCAGCACAGCCUUGUUUGCACUGUGUUUUGCUCAGCUCUGCCGAGCUGCCAUGUGAUUGUGCAUUGA